UCAAAAUGAAGUUGACUUUGUUUCUUUUCAAAGGUUCCUAGAAUUAUUCUAUCCUAAUGUUUUACUUUUCUAGUUUUAUCCUAUUUCUAGUCUGUAAUGAGUAAGAAUAUAACAUGAUGAAAUAGUAAAUUAUAUAAUUAAAAAUUUAAAUCUAUAACUGCUUAAAAAAAUGACGACUACUUUCGAGAUCUGAAUAUAUGUGAAUAUAUGUUUGUGUAUAAGUUAUUUGUGUACGUUUAACUUUAUAGACGUUGGAAUGGAGAAUAGACAUGCACCGCCCGGUGUCAAUUCCCGCUCACAGACAGCAGCACAGUCUGCGGCAGAUCUUGAGGUUCUUCGAGAGAUUGACCACGUGUACUUCUCUCCGACGUCCGAGUUCGACGCGGCUCGUUAUGUCUUGGAGCACGCGCCUUCGCCUCCGGACUGCGUCGCUAUCGAGGCCAUGUUCAGCAAGCUUAAGCGACAGCAGCAGGUAGUGUCUGGUAAAGCUCUUCACUUAAUAUCCCAACAACGUGACAAUUGCGAUAGAGAAUUCGCUGAGAUCCAAAAUAUUCGCGCACAACUGUCAGACACAUUGGACACAUGCAAGAAAGCUAGGGAACGGUUAAAGACCGCUUCUAACCAUCUGACUAUAUCCACCUUUGUCAUACUCGCUAAUGUUAGAAAGAGACAAAUUAUAAAGUCAGUUCUGAAGUCGCUGCAAUUGUUACAAAGUCUACGGAGUGUUGAGAAUGACGUGGCAGAAUUUUUGAGUAAAAAAGAAUAUUAUGAAGCGAUCGAUUUAAUAUUAAAAGGUAAGAAAGCGGCAGCCGCGCAUAAGGAGUUUACUUGCAUAGCAGACCUCGCUACAAGACUACAAGAUACUUUAGACAUGACAGAGGAAAGACUAGAUUCGGUACUGGCAAGUAUCUGUUAUAAUUUCGACGAAAACGUUUUUAAGAAGUUAAAGAAAGCUUACGACCUCCUUGGUAAAACUCAAGCUGCGAUGGAACAGUUACACAUGCAUUAUUCCUCUGCUGUAAACGAGUCUGCGUUAGAAGCUAUAAAACCUUAUUUGAAUAAUAAUUCGAUGGAAAUGAAGUUUCAAGAAAUGUGCCAAACCGUUCCAACAACAAAAGCACCGCUUUGUUUGUUGAACUUGUGCGAGAAAUUGUUUCUAGUGAUGAAGAGUUACUAUUUGCUGGUCAGUUGGCACACGAAGAACGAGGACACUGUGCCGAGUUCAAACGUUUUCGAUAUAGAGAAGAACGUCAGCAGGGAAUAUAUCAAGCAGAAGUUAAAAGCAGGUCUCAUAAGGAUAUGGAAUGAUGUCCAAGCGAAGGUGUCUACGUUCUUAAAGAGUUCAGGUUUAGAAGAAUUUCCAUUUGAAAAGUUUAUACAAAUGCUGGGCAUACUGAGGAAGUUGACACAAGUUGCUGAGAUAUUUUGUGGAGACAAAUCUGAUUUAUUGCAAGAUUUCAUCAAAACCCAGAGCGUGUCUUACAUAAAGAACUACCAUAGAGGAAGGAUGGAGGAAUUGAAACUAUUCCUGGAAAACGAAGGCUGGGAACAGUGCCCAGUCAAAUCAACAUUCAACCUUCAAAAUUUGCAAGAAUUCAAACAGUUCAGGAAAUACUUGAACCCGUUUAAAUCUGAUACUUCAAUCGCGAAAACUCAAUCCGAUGCAACGUCGUCCGCGCCUUCACAAGAUGACAGCGUAUAUAUAUCGAAAUAUUUCACCCAAAAAACAUCUAGAACUCCCUUCGAAAUAUUCAGAAACGAAAACGUCACCAAUGACGAUAUAUUCGGAAUCGAGCCGGAAUCGGAUGCGAGCGAUGAAUCCGAUGAUGAACCGGAUGAGUUGAGGCGAGACUUUGUUGAAGACGACAGACAUGAUUACACAACAACUAACGACUACAUACCGACAAGUCCUUCGAAAUUAAAAGAAAGCGUUAUAGUCACGAACACGACUCUGUCAGUUCUCCGUAAUUGCGGACAAUAUCUUCAAAUCAGUAGAUACCUGCCACAGAUCUCGCUAGAAGUCAUCAUGCUAAUGAACCAGCUGUUUGAUUAUUACUUCUACGCUGUUCACCUAUUCUUCACGUCCGAUUUGGACGUCGCCUCCUCAACUUUGUACACUUCAAAACUAAAUUUAGUCCUUAAAAGGAUAUCCAAUAGUAUCAAUGUGUCGACAGAGGACAAUGCAAGCUUUGAGUGUCCGAGCAUUCCACAGCACUUGGACAUGGAUUCCGAGGCUAAUUUGCACGGCUUGAGCGAGCGUAUUGUUGGCGUCGAAAGUGUUAUAUUCCUCGCGAAGCAAUAUGAACUUUUACACCCGUAUUUAGAAUCUAUAGUUGCUCAGCAUCAACGAAUGAUUUUGGAACAUUUUAGAGAUAAUACGUUAGCUGUUGUGGCAGAUUUGAGGAUGCCUGUUUAUAUGUGUUCGGCUUCGAAAGCGGUGGACGCUCGUUCAGCUUUGAUAGCGAUGUCACAAGUCCGAUGGGACGUUAAGAACGUAGCAGUCGAACAUAGUCCGUACGUAGAUAUGAUUAUACGAAAAAUUCAAGUGUUCGCCCUCCGUUUAGAGAAUAUAUCAUCAAAGGUUACUCUUAAUUUGGAGGUCAUAAACUCCAUUUGGUCAAUGGUUUCCAAAUUCAUUGUCCAUUUGUUAGUGGAAGGUUUUUCAAACGCGACGAAAUGUUCAAAUGGGGGUCGGGGGUUGAUGCAGUUGGAUUAUAGACAAUUAUUUGUUAAAUUGGAGAAGAUCUCUCGUCUCAAACCUGUUCCGUUUCAAGACUAUGUCGAUAGAUACGUCAAAGCGUACUAUUUACCAAGGAAUGAAUUGGAAUGUUUUGUUAAAGAAAAAACUGAGUAUUCCAAUAAACAUUUACUAGCUUUGGUGUCGUCUGCCUGCGAAAACAAACGGGACAGGCAAGCUUUAAGUGCUAUCGUCGAAAAUAAAGAUAAUCCCGCUUAACUUUUUAUUGUUAAAUGAAGAUUGUCUAUGGUAAGCGUAAAUCGACUGAAAAAAAUACAAAUAUGAGAAAA